AAUACGAUUUUUGGCGCUUGAGCGCAUUGGUUCAGUUACUACAUCCCUGAAACCGGAAAGCCACUCGUAGUUGAUACAAAUGAGGAACCUUUUUCUAAAUCGACUCCAAGCCUCAUUCACUCGCUCCUCAAGUUCAAGUCCGCUUUUCCCUUUCUUGCUCUCGUCCCGACGGAAUGCAGUGUCACCACCAAAAGCCAAGGAUGAAGCAGAAAGAGACACUACUGCUAGGGACAACACAGGAUUUUCUAGUGGUCUUAACUGGGCUCUGGCUUUGAAAGGUGUAGCUGUAAUGGGAAAAGCUUUACCUAACUUAAACCCAUCUGAACUAAGGCAACAUGGUGCAAUCAUUGCUGAUCCCUUAUCUGGAUGCCCGCUACAUAUGAGAGGAAAUGUUAUUGGUGAAGCAUCAAAAAUCUCAAAGGCGCAGUUUGGCAAGCUUCUUAAACUGGUGGCGAAUCACCUGUCAUCUGUCCCUAAUAUAUUUGUUCAUGAUGGAGCUAUUGGUUCAUCACCAGACUGUGAUGCAAAGGUUCGAGUGAUAAGUGAUAGUCCUUCGGCAAUACUGUCACUUUCUAAUAUUCUCUAUGAGACUCACACUCGAUCAGUUUCACAUGAUUCUUGUCCAUUGACUGUUUAUGUAGCCACAUCUAUAAGUUCUUCUUUGAUGAAGGCUAUUAGUGUGGAAUAUCAGUCAAAUAAUGGAUUUGUAGCUGCAGAUAUUGAGAGAUCAUCCAUAAUUCUAUGUGAUAAAGCUUUCUCAGAUGCCAGUGCGAUCAAGAAAGCACUAUUUGCUUUGUCUGAACCUGUGAUAUCUGCAAGAGGAGGCAUUCCUCUACCAGGAAGUUCUGAAUGCAUCCCUUCUGUUUCAAAGCUAUCUCCUGGUCAAGCUGCUUAUCAUUUGGUAACCGGUUAUCAAAAUGGGAAAUUUGUGCCUUCAUUCAGCCACGCUCCUUCAUGUAUUGAUCCGCUGGAGCUCGCAAAGGCCCUUCUAGCCAAGCUGAAAGACAAUCAAAUAUCUGCCUACCUGAUUAAUGUCAACAAAGGGGAAAAGACUCUUUCUGGUAAAGAUCUUGUGAAGCUGGUGGAAUCGACUCUUUCUAAAGAUGUCCCGCCAUUCCAUACUAAAGGUGGAGAUCUUAAAAGAAAGUACAAGACAUUUCUGUCAAAGAUGUAUCCAGGGCUGCCUGAGGAAUUUACAUUCUGAUGAAGAUGGUCAUAUCUUUAGAUUUAGGUUGUCCUUGUAUCAUCAAAUCAUCAUGUGUCAGAGCUAGUUAUUCUCUGUUUUAGAUCCUUGGAAGUUUGAAGCUUGUAAAGGGAUGUAAAGGAUGUGAAUUGAAGUAGGCAAGAUUGUCAGAUUCCGUGGUGAUUAUGUUUGUAAAUAGUGAAUUGUCAGAAACUGAGUGACAAAGAGGAGCAGUAAGUUCAUUACUUCUAGACAGUAUAUUAUAUUUAAAAAGAUAGCGAGUCUAACAAAUCUACCACUUCAUGAAGAAUAACAUCACGAAGAACAGUGAAGACAA